CAAGUCCCGUGUGCAGCUACGGCAUUGCCGGUCAUAGUUAGCAGCGGUGGUCAUCCCGUUCACUCACGCAGCACUCGCCCCGGCCGCGAGCAAACAACAACCCGCCGCCACCCAAACAGCAGAACCUCCCACACCAGCAACCACCACCAACCAGCCACCAACCCCACCCCCACCCCCCACGCGUGGGGUCCGAAUGGAACGCGCCGCUCGCUGCUGAGAGCCGAGAGCGAGGAAGAGGAGGAGGGAGGAGGAGCUGAGAGUGCGAGGCGCGUGGUGAGUGUGUGGGGGUGAGUGCGGGAGUCCGCUCGCGUGUUGAGCGCGCGCGCUGCUCUCUGCGCAACGUACGCAACAAGCUCAUCACCAACAACCACCAUCAUCACCAGCAGCAGCAGCAGCAACAACAUCAUCAACAACAACGGCCUCAUCAUCGCCAUCGUCAUCGUUUGUCGCAAAGCCGCGGUGGAACGGACGCGAACUCGCUUCGGAACGGACGCGACUCCCCGACUCGAACCGCUCCGACCCGACGCGACCCAAGCCGGCGAACGGAUUUGCGCUCUCGCCUCUCAUCCGUCGGCCGCGAGUGUCCGUGGAACUGGGUGGCUGGCAGCUUGGUGUUGGUGGACUUUGGCGACGGCCCAGCGUUGAAAGCUACGACAGCGAUAAGCAGCAGCAGCAACAAGCAGCAGCUGUAGUUUAAAGCGCAAGUCUUGCGUAAGUUGCGCGCUCACAAACCCUCCCGAGCGAAGUGCGUGAGGUUGUGCGCAACGCGUGCCUAUUUGAGUUUGUUGCGUGAAACACGUUACGCGUUACGCGUUAACUGGAAUGCAGUAUUUAUUUUAAACGUACGGCCGUUCCCUUCUUCUUGACUCUUUUAAAGUAAAUAGGAGCCGAUCGGAAUUGGAAGUAAAAAAAAAAGAAAAGCUGCGGCUUCAUUCGAAUGCGUUAAGCUCAUUCAUUCGCGUGGAGGGCUCGGCACGGUGUGUCCAUGCGGCCAUCGCUGCUUCAGCGUGUAUCCCGAUAAUUAUUAUUGCCAUUAUUUAAUUUAACCUUCACAAUCGUCGCAAAUAGAAGACGGCAUCGUCCGUACCCCAAGGCUCUUCUCUAGCUCUCUCUCUCUCAUCCUCGCCCUCCUGGCAUCCGCUCUCUUCUCGUCUGGGAACGGUUUCGACAGCGGCCGCCGUGUGUCUUCGGGAGGAGGAGGGAGAUCCGAGUGAUUGAGUGAGAGGGGGAGGAAGGGUUGAAGUUCCGUUCCAUCGAAGGAGAGGUGGGAGGGGGGAGGAACUGCAACAUCCUGGUGUGUGUCCCCCCCCCGUCUCAAGCAAAACAACAAACAACUCCUUAAAGUGAAGACGACUUAAGCAAGUGCGACGCCACAUCACGCGACAACGCGAAUGGCUCCCGGGAUCUUCGAGGCGAAUUGACAUCUUCGAAGGAGCGAGCGCUUGAGGAAGGCCUGUGGGCAGGACGAUAGACCUUUACACAAGUGGACCCUCGACGAGGAGACGUCGGGACUUGAGCUGAAGGGAACUUUUUUUUGUUUUUACGGCGGAGCCAUUUCUUGUCGACGAUGAGAACGAGACACCUCAAUGCGUGAACCUUACCUGAGAGAAACAUUUGAGGAUGAAAUAAUUUUGAAGAGGAGCAGGGAAGACAUUUGAGCGAGGAAGAGCAGGGGGAGGAUAUAUUUUUUUUGAGAAGACGACUAAGGAAGAGGAAGAUCUUCGUGCGAGUUGUGCCUUGACCAAAGCGUAGAUCCUGUCGUGACCACCAUUCAUAAUUAUCGUCACCACCAUCACCACCUCCCCCUGUAGCUGUCGACCAGAAGUUGUGGUGGGUCAGAGUCGAACCCCCAUUGAGGGGACCCGCGUGAAUCGAUGCGGCAAGGACCCACGUCGAGGGACUUAGAACCGCGAAAGAAAGUAAUUAAGACUUAAGCUUAUUAACUUUUCAAACACAUAAAUGAGAGCAUCGUAGCAUCACUAAUCUCCAAUUUCUUGAGCGACGGGCGGAUUGGUGUGGACAAUGGGAGGCCGCUUGCAUCUCUUCGUCUGUCUGCUCGGUGGCAUCAUCUCGCACGCCCUGGGGUCACGACCCCGGCAGGAGGACGCUCUCCCGCGCAUCGCGGAGCACCCGUCGGACCUGAUCGUGCUGCGCGGCGAGCCGGCCACGCUCAACUGCAAGGCGGAGGGGCGCCCGGCGCCCACCGUCGAGUGGUACAAGGACGGCGAGCGCGUGGAGAUCGGCAAGGAUGACCACCGCACGCUGCUGCACACCGGCUCGCUCUUCUUCCUGCGCGUGCAGCACACGCGGCGCACCAAGACGGACGAGGGCAGCUACGUGUGCGUCGCGCGCAACUACCUGGGCGAGGCCGUGAGCCGCAACGCGUCGCUCCACAUUGCUAUGCUGCGCGACGACUUCCGGCAGCAGCCGGCCGACGUGGUGGCGGCGGCGGGGGAGGCGGCGAUGCUGGAGUGCGUGCCGCCGCGCGGCCACCCCGAGCCCACCGUCUCGUGGAAGAAGGACGGUGUGAUUCUACGCGGUGGAAACGACGCCGUCAGGAUAAAUGGCGGGCGUCUGAGCAUCUCCGAGGUGCGGAGGAGCGAUGGAGGGGAGUACGUGUGCGUGGCCACAAACUCGGUUGGCGUGCGGGAGAGUAAACCAGCGCAGCUCUUCGUCAAGGAGAGGCCGACAUUCGUGAGGAAGCCCCUGAACCAGUUGGUGGCGGCGAACGGCAGCGUGGAGUUCAACUGUGAGGCCCAGGGCGACCCGCGGCCGGACGUGAGCUGGACCAAGCUCCGCGGGGAGCUGCCGCGAGACAGGCACGAGGUGAAGGCUGACAACACGCUGCGCAUCUGGCUGGCGCGGCCAUCCGAUGCCGGGACGUACACGUGCGUGGCCUCGAGCCAGCUCGGCAGGGCCGAGGUGUCUGCCUCUCUCAACGUUCACGUGGGCCCCUACGCAUCCCCCCAGUUGGUGGUGCAGCCGCGCGACCAGGUGGUGGAGGAGGGACAAACGGCCACAUUCCACUGCCUGGCUGCUGGGAACCCACCUCCCUCUGUGUUCUGGCAGCGAGAAGGCACGCAGAAUCUGCUCUUCCCGAAUCAGCCGCUGCAGUCCUCCAACCGCCUGUGGGUGAGCCCCAGCGGCGACCUCACCGUGUCGGACGUGCGGCCGUCGGACGCCGGCUACUACAUCUGCCACUCGCUCAGCGUGGCCGGGAGCGUCGUGGCCAAGGCCUACCUCGACGUCACCGAUGUCACACUGGAGAACCUUCCACCCAUCGCCCGUCAGGUGGCAGUCAACCAGACGGUGCCAGCGGCUCGCUCCGUGGUGCUGCCCUGCCAGGCAGUGGGCGGCGGCGGCGGCGGCGGCGGCGCCACCACUCCCACCAUCGUUUACUGGCUCAAGGGUGGCACCAGGAUCCCAUCGCAGGAUGGUCGCAUGUCAUGGCAGGAAGGCCGAGGGCUGCAGAUAAGCUACACGCGGGUGGAGGACACUGGGAUCUACACCUGCGUCAUUUCAAAUGCAAAUGGAGAGACUUCCUGGAACACCUUCUUGGAGGUCAAAGAGGGCAAGCGGUACACGGAGAUGAACGCGGCGCUGGCCCCGCGCGGCCCCUCGCGUCCCGAGAUUGUGGAGGUGAGCCGCAACACCGUGACGUUGUCGUGGAAACGGGACACGCUGCAGCCCGCCACGUCCUACAUCAUCGAAGCUUUCAGCCGCUCGCUGGGGAAGGGCUGGAAGAUCGUGGCGGAAGGCGUACGCUCGGAGACUUUCACUGUGCGCAGCUUGCGCCAGGGCGCCAUCUUUGUGUUCCUGGUGCGAGCUGUAAAUCUGCAUGGCGCCAGCGAGCCGAGCGCCGUCUCGGAGCCCGUGCGCACAGAAGACCCAUCACCGGCGGAGCCUGGCCUGGACUCGGCGCUGAUCCAGAAGGAGCUGGGCCGCAUUUCCAUUCGCCUGCAGGACCCCGUCACCCUCAGCUCCACUGCCCUGCGCCUGCACUGGACGGUGAUGCAGCGGCCGCUCUACCUGCAAGGCUUCCGCGUGCUCUACCGGCCACUGCCGUCGAGCCGUCCGGCGUCGGGAAACUGGUCGGUGCUGGAGGUGCGCUCGCCGCUGGAGCACGGUGCCGUGCUCAGCCGCCUGCGCAAGGGCUUCUCGUACGAGGCCAAAGUCAGGGCCUUCUUCAACGGCUUCCAGGGCCCCGACAGCGAGGCGCGACGCGGCUCCACGUUCGAGGAAGCUCCAAGCGCGUCGCCGCAACACGUAGAAGUGAAGCGGUGCGAGGAGCCGGGCUGCGACAGUAUCACCGUCACCUGGCAGCCACCGCAGGAGGAGCUGCAAAACGGAGUGAUUCUAGAAUACAAGCUGUGGUGCAUGGGUAACAGCAGCGAGCUGCACAUCAACCGCACGGUGGAGGCGUCGUCCCGCUCGGCAGUGCUGCGCCCGAUCGUCCCGGGGGUCAUGUACCGCAUCACCGUCGCCGCCGUCAACUCGGCCGGCACGGGGCUGCGCUCGCCGUUCACCGUCCUCGCCCCGGUGGCGAGCAGCAGCAGCAGCCAGUUCGGCACCUUCGUCAAAACACCGGUCUUCAUCGCCGUGGUGGUGCUGGUCCUGAUUGUCCUGAUCGGCAUCAGCAUCGUCGUCUACUGCUGCUGUUGCCGCAAGCGCAGCAGCCCCGAUCCGUACCAGGGCGCCACCAAAGGUGCGUCAGCCGUUGGAAGUCACCGAGAAUGCGAUCCUUCCUUCACAUUCACUCCAACAGUCACCUUUAACCCCAAGGAUGACACCAGCAUGAUGAGCAAUGCGAGUUACCCGCCUUUCGGCGGUCCCGGGCAGACGUGGACGGAGCCGUGGCAGAACGCCGCACUAAAUCAGAACUCGCCUAGUCAGGCAAUCCCGGACUACUGCAGGCCAGCCGACCACCUGAGCCCGUUCCGCAACCAGCUGGAGCAGAAGGAGACGAACCUGCACCGACCUCGCACCCCGGAGACGCCCGUGUAUCGCGAGGUGGAGCCAGCCCACCAGCUGAGCGGCACCCAGAACUUCCCGGGGCCCAGAAUCAAAGAGUGCCAGGUCCUGGGCAAGACGUCGGCAUAUGCGGCCUCCCCGCCGGCACAGGCGGCGCUCUGCAACAACAUGAGCAGCACGGCGCGCGUCACGGACAAGCGCACGCACAAGCAGCCCUUCCUGCCACGUGCGGACGGCUUGCCUGGCACCAAGAACCACAUGAUUGAAGUCACCAAGCUCAACAACGAACUCGCGAUGACGGACGGCCGGGGGGAGGCGGUCGCCCACCACAGCACCCCCGAGCAGAGCACCAUGGGCUCCCACGCCAGCUCGGAGCGCAGCAGCUCCUCAGCGCACUCGGGGAAGAGGAAGAACGCGCGGACACCCAAGACGGGGAGGCAGGCGGCGCCGGGAGUUGCCGAGCCUCUCCCGCCCCCGCCCGCUCUCCCGCCGGCUGAGCUGGGCAGCGCGGGGCGAGCGGCUCAGGCCGAGCACGAGCGAGUGGACGAGGGCAGCGGGUACCCGCCCGAGCGGGCGUACGAAUACCUGCAGCAGAACGAGGAGGAGCACGAUGAGGAUGACGAGGAGGCGGACGAAGAGGACGACCUGGUGGUUGACGAGGGGAAGGCGCGUGGGCCCCAGCAGUACGCUCGCGCGUCGUACAGCCUGCAGUCGACGGCCCCCUGCUCGCCCGCCAGCCCCGAGGAGCGCAGGCCCAUGAUCCAGGCGCACAGCCACGAGCCGCCCGGCAGGAGGAAGAGGGCGGCGCUAGAGAGGGCCGCGCGGCACUACCCAGGACGCCCACUGCUCUCCGCAAGGUCCCCUUCACCGCCAUGCCUGUAUGGAUACAUCACGGGCCCGAUGCCCUCCGAUCUGGAAACGGAACCGGCGGAAGAGGAGGAAGAGGAGGAGGCGGCCGUGGCAGUGGCGUCGGCAGGGACCGUAAGCGUGUUUCCCAAGGCGGGCACCGUUGGGGCCGCCCGAUUUGAUGCCAAGAAGCUGCUGCUGAGCCUGGAACACACGUCGGUGUCCAGCCUGGGCGACCCCGAGAGCUCCCUGGCGGGGUCCAUGCUCAACGGCUGGGGCUCCGCAUCGGAGGGCGACGGUGACGAUGAAGAUGGCGGCGGCUCGAGUGAUGGCGGCGGCGGCGGCGGCGGCGGCGGCGGCGGCGGGGUCGGCGGGGUCGGCGGGGCGGGCGGCGCAGGCACCGGCGGGGCCUCCAGCGACGGAGGCUCGAGCGAGAGCUCGUUCCGCGUGGACGCCGACUUCGCCGACGCGAUUGCGGCCGCCGCGGAGAGCGCGGGACUCAAGCUGCACCACCAGCACUCCGCGGCGCAGGCCGUGCAGGCGGCGGCUGCGAUGGGCGCUGUGCAGCCCGGAGCCGGCGUGCAGCAGCAGCAGCAGCAGCAGGUUGCGUCCUAUACGGAAGAUUUUGCGCUGUACAGCCGCCCGCACUUCCCGGCGACAGGAAGCCGAGCGCUGCCUGGAGCCGGAGCCGCGAGCUUGGGCCCCGAGCGGAGGUCAGGUGACCCCACGGGGGCCGUGAGCGCCGGCAUCAAGUGUUAGGCCCCACACCUUGGCCGGUGGUGGAGCUGAUGGAGUAAAGCACAAGUUGGGCCACGGUGCUAACCCACCGUCCCUCCGCCGCGGUACGGCGGGCCCUCACGCCUGGGCCUAACCCCCCCGCCCCCCCGCCCCCCCACCCACCACCGCCACCGCGUCUCACUCUGCCGGAGCGCAGUCUCCGGAAAUGAUCGCCAUACGGAGAGAGAGAGAGAGGUUGUUGGAGCAACAUCCCCGCGCUGUGUAAAUUUGACUGUAAUUUACUAUUAUAACUAUAGGUGUUGUUUUAAUACGAAGAUUAGUCACCCGUCCCCCUUUUGUCCCACUCGGUUUUUUUCCUUGAAAUUACAGUACUUUUGUAGUGUUUUUUCGAUUAAAGUUGGUUUCUUUCAAACAAGUCUGAAAGCUCUGCAGACUAGAAAAUGCACUGUGAAAUAAAAUUGGUUUAAAAGCACAAAGACUAACAAGUAAUGUUUAUUGUAUCUUUGAUAUUGACUUUUGCUACUUAAUCUUUGAAAACUAUUGAAUGAUUUGUUUUUGUUUCUUCUGGGAGAUGACGAGGGAAAUGUUGGGAAGAUCCCUUUGUCCGAGAGGCAGUUGAGUUUUAAACGAUGGUUACUAGACUGCUGAUAAGUUGGUUUUAAGAAGCACACAACACAAAGAGUGUUCUAAUAUUUUUACUGUUAUUUGAAAAAUAUAAUUUGUUUUGAAGCUGCGUUUGUUGCCUGCUACGAAGGAUGUACGUCUCCUAGUGGUGCCGCUGUUUAGAUUGCUCAUAUUUCAUGUUUUACUUUGUAUCUUUAUUAAACAGACGUACUUAUGCCUAGACUGUGGUUUGAAUGAUUUUUGUAGGACCAAUGUUAAUGAACGUUAUUGAUUAGUUUGAACUUUUUUUUGCUCUUUUAUUUUAAUGUUAUUUUUCGUGUGUAAAUGUUCAGUAUAAAGCACAAGAUGAUACGUCCUCUACCUGUUUUGUAUAGGUUGUGGAAAAAGCUUGACGGUUGGUAUUACUGGUAAUGUCGAUGCUAAUCCAUUUAUAGGUUUAAAACAUUACAAAGCUUCCAGUGCACUCUGUUACACCCUUAACUUGACUACAGAGGACCCCAUGGUUUCGCAAAAUGAGACCCAAUCACCUUUUGGCAGUUUUUUUCCAAAUUUGUUCAUAACAUGGACGUUGGCUUUUCCAAAAAUAUGGGGGGGGGGGAGGGGGUGCAAGGGGCCAUAUAGUCAUUGUUAUGGUGGAACCGAGGAUUAUACAUUGUGUACAUCACGCUAAGGCUAAUAAUUUCUAAACCACUCAAAUAUUACCUCGUGACUGCUCAUGUAAUGUGUCUGACGUUCAAUAAAACACAAACAUGCACGCACACACACACACGCAGACGCGCAAGCGUUGAAACAUUAUCGUCGUAACAAAAAAACAAUUUAAAAAGCUACAAUCGUUAAAUGGUCUGUUAUAAAAAUGCAAACACGUCGCUGUGCAAGUGUCAUUUAAGCUUCGGUGAAUGCGUACGGUAAAGUCUUGGUAACUCUGGCUGCCAUCCCCAAGUCCGGCUUGUUACCCCCCCCCCCCCGAAUCCGAGGAGCGAGUGUGCCCCUCUCUGUGUUCGUACAUCAGCUGCUGCCCGCUAUUCCCCAACCCCUCCUCCACCCCAGUGUCUGAACCUUCCUCGUUUUUAUUUAUGAAACCGACACGAUCAUAGAAAAUACACUGCAAUCUCGCAUAUUCUUUCUCCUUGAAAAAAAAAAUGUUCUCUUUUCAUACUAAAAAAACAAACAAUUAAUAAUAAAUGUCUGUGGAGAGUG